GCCCGGAUGUGACUGUUUCUGCUUGUGAUAGACUUUAAUCUAACUUGAAUGGUUAAUCUGUUAACAGAAAAAAAUGUCUUUUUAGGAUUUUUCUCCUUUCAAAAGAAAUCCUAUAAAAAUAUAUAUUUAUUCGUCUUUUGAGGCACUGGGACUUUUCUUCCUGGUUUUUUGUCUUUCUCUUACGGAAAUUAUACAGGAAGUGUGACGUCAGGCUAGUCACUUAGCCACCGUUGUUUUUACCACCUGCUAGCCAAAAUUGUAGUUGUUUCGGUUCGUUUUGGCUCAUUGGACCCUGGACAGCACCGUUUCCGCCAUGGGAGCCCAGCGCAGUGAGGGUGGCCGCGACUGGCCGGACCAAGAGGAGGCGGAGAACCCGGAGAAGAUUACGAGGCCAUGGAACCUGAUGAUCAAGCACAGACACAUCCACAAACGAGGCCGCCGCUCACUCUCUGCUGUCAGUUACACGGAUCCUCAUGUGUCCAUGGACCUGUUGAGGGCGGUCCUUCAGCCCAGUUUCAACAAUGACAUCAUGGCGGUGUUCAUGAAGUAUCAAAAGUUCUACGAGAAGGCAGCGGAGAACGUGAAGGAGAAUGUGGGCAUGGAGGUGCAGACGGAUCAUCUCAUCAGGGAGGCCUACAGGAACGCUCUGGAACAUGCCAAGCAGCUCUUUCCAGAGGGGGAGGUGAAGAGGGCGGGGCCUGGGGUGGCCAUGAAGCAGAGACCUAAAGCGUCUGAUGAAGAAUGUUCACAGAGAGGAAGCCCCUUUCCUAGGAAGAGGAAAAGUCGCCCCGCUGUCACGUUUCCCGACCGACCCGCAACCUACUUCCCGGUGAAGCCCAAAGUUGAAGCCAUUAGGAGGGAGGGGCCAAAGUGGGAUCCAUCCAGACUCUCAGAGACCACCACCUUUGUUCUAGGCUCCAGAGCCAACAAAGCUCUCGGGAUGGGCGGGACAAGAGGACGGAUUUACAUCAAACAUGCAGACUUGUUCAAGUAUGCUGCAGACUCCAAGGACAAGCAGUGGCUGGCAGAGAGACACCACAUGAGAGCAACAGGAGGCAAGAUGGCCUACCUGCUGGUUGAGGAGGACAUCCAAGAGCUGUCUCGCAGUGAUGAGUACAGAGAGUCUCCUGAAGUGAGAAUGGACGAACUAAAGCCGUUCACCGUUCCAAUUUGGAUGGUGGAGAAGAUGCAACAAGCCAUGGAGGUGCAGAAAAAUGCUGACCCCUGACCUCACCAAUCAUUUCCCCCUGAUCCCCUACUGUAUGCUGUUUUUAUAAAAUUUAAUAAAAGUUUUGCUUCAU